UUUGCGUUGAUUGAAUUUCAUGUGAUUCAGGUGCGGGCAGGCUGCGCAACACCGGCGCGGCGCGUGGCAGCUGCGCAGCGUGGUGCAGCAGCUGGUGUGCCACGCCUAGAUUGUGAGAUGAAUUUGCAUGGGACUUUGUAUGGCUGGCUGGGUUCAUUGGAGGGAUGCAUUUUAGCAAAGAAAAAACAGGUGCCGCAGCCUGCCACGCCACCGCGGACCCCGGAGCUGGCCCGUGCACCGGAGACGCCUCCGCACCGGUUGCGCGCGGCUCCAGCUCCGGGGAUCCUGCGUUUGGCAACAACUCCGCGGCCACGCCGCCGGGAGGAGGAGGCGGCGAAGGUGGAGAUCCAGAACUGCAAGCCAAGCGCGGGAGCACUCGUGGAGUGCGACGCUGCCAACGCCUUCAGCCGUAUGGGCACGGCGCUUUUCAGGCAAGUGGGCCGUGGCUUCCAUAGCCAUGUGAACACCGCCGAUUGUGUGGAUACCCUGGUGGUACGCUUGGAGAAAAAUGUGGAGCGUCAGCUAGCGACCCUGGAUUCCGCCGUCAAGGGUCGAGCGAAGCUUGGUGGAGAAGGGAAUAUCAGUGCCCUUCUUCGGGAGUCGAUGGUUAGGGCGGAACGCGACCUCUUGAGCACAGCGGAAGCCACCAGAGAUUUGUUGCUGAAAGCCGUUUGGGUGAAGGGUGAGAAAGAAAAGCUGGAGCCGAUGUGGUGCUUGGGCCCCUCGAAAGGGGACCAAGUCUUCGGCGGCAGCUGCGAGCGCAUCGGACGGCUGCGACGCUGUUUGGAUCCACCCAAGUAUUCGGUGCUUCAAAAAGCCAAGCCUGGCUGGAGCACCAAAGAUCUCUUGAAGGUCUACCAAAAGCUGCAAAAGGUGUCCAUCACUGAUGGUGAAUCACUGGCUCGUGCUGUCUCAGAAGGAUCCUUAAAUCACAUCCUGGCCGAAGCUGGAGAGAGGAAAUUGAAGCCUUCAACUUUGCAGCUUCUGAGGCUGGCGAGCAGAGAUCCAGGGGCUCGAACGGUUCAAGUCCAGGAAGAUCUGCCGCUGCUUGGACCGCGGCAUUGCUUCUGUGGCAACUGCAUCAGGGUUCCCAUGUGCCAUCAACAUGCGGACGUUCUGACGAUGAAGUUACCGAGUAUCAAGUCCGGACCUCCGCCGCUGAUGCCAUCGCGGCGCGAGGCAUCACGAUGGCAAGCGCAGCAGCGGCAGGUCGUCGUCGCGCCGCUUCCUCGGGUGAAGUCUGAACCCGUGCUCAGCAAAGCGGAAGCGAGGAGCCGUCUCUUUGGCGAUUGGAAUGCUGCAGGUCGGAAGCUGAGUUGCCCUGCCCCCAUUCCCCUGGAAGCCUGGCCUAAGAAGGUGCUGUCUCCCAUUUUGGCCACAGUGCCAGAAAGGACCCGUCGCAGCGUGGUGCUGCCACAGAGGGCUUUGGCGCGACGUGAGGAAGCCAAGGAGGAUGUGCCGGUGCCACCCGUGGAAGCACAGCAGAGUGCACUGAAGUCAGCUUCAACGAGCUCCUUCCAUUCCUACGCCACCUUUGUUGAAAAACAAGGCCAGGAUGGCGAGCAUCAGGAAGGCGAGGAAGGCGAGGAAGGCGAGGAGGAGAUCCAACAUUUGGAGGUUGCCUAUAGCAGCCAGGAGAGCUACGCCAUGACAUUUGAAGGUAGCUCUCAGCCAAGUUACAGCAACGAGAGCGGUCUCGAUUUUCGCUGGAGCCGUACCGAGAGCGACCAGGAGAAUCUCUUCGACGAGGACCUGGAAGACGCUUCCGACGAUCUCGACCAGGACGAGGACGACCUGGCGGACGUCACGGCGGAUGUGAGCGGCCUGCUGCGGUCGCAGAGGCUGAACGACACCAUGGAAGCCCUGAAAGAGUUGUCCGAGUUGGAUGAGACCCUGCCGGUGUCCAGGAGUCCGAAGCCUCGGAAAGCGCCGCCGGUGGAUCAUCGUUGGCUGACCCAGGGGUGUCGGAGUCCAUAG